AGCAUCGGCUCCCGUUCCGCGCUCGGAGCUCGCCGGCCUCGGGAAGCCGCUCAGACCUGCAGCCUAUGUGGGGCACGCGGGGGCAGCUGUCGCCAUACGUGUAACUUUUAAAUGGAAAAUGUCUCUCUCAAAGGCUGUCGAUGUCCAGUGGUCUGCAGUCCAUGAGCAGUUGACUAGUCCAGGUGUUUCUGCUUCUGUUCCCGUGCUAUGUGAAUUGGGAAUUCGAGAGAAGAGUGUGCAGGAUGGAGGAGUUGAGGGACAGUCGGCCCAAUAUGUCAAGACCUCUGAUCACUAGAUCCCCUGCAUCUCCAUUGAACAAUCAAGGCAUCCCCACUCCAGCACAGCUCACAAAAUCCAACGCACCAGUUCACAUUGAUGUGGGUGGGCACAUGUAUACCAGCAGCUUGGCCACGCUUACAAAAUAUCCCGAUUCCAGAAUUGGCCGGCUUUUUGAUGGCACAGAGCCCAUUGUCCUCGACAGUCUCAAGCAGCAUUAUUUCAUUGACAGAGACGGGCAGAUGUUCAGAUAUAUCUUGAAUUUCUUAAGGACAUCGAAACUCCUCAUUCCUGAUGAUUUCAAGGACUACAGUUUGUUAUAUGAAGAAGCGAAGUAUUUCCAGCUUCAGCCCAUGCUGGGAGAGAUGGAAAGGUGGAAACAGGACCGGGAGAGUGGCCGCUUCACAAAGUCUUGUGAGUGCCUGGUGGUGCGGGUUGCCCCAGAUCUUGGAGAGAGGAUUACACUGAGUGGCGAUAAGUCAUUGAUAGAAGAAGUGUUUCCAGAAAUCGGCGAUGUGAUGUGUAAUUCUGUCAACGCCGGCUGGAAUCACGACUCAACGCACGUCAUCCGAUUUCCACUGAACGGAUACUGUCACCUCAACUCAGUUCAGGUACUUGAGAGGUUACAGCAAAGAGGGUUUGAGAUUGUUGGCUCAUGUGGAGGUGGGGUGGACUCUUCCCAAUUCAGUGAAUACGUACUGAGACGAGAACUCAGAAGGACAUCUCGUGCACCCUCUGUCAUUCGAAUAAAGCAAGAGCCUCUGGACUAAAAUGGACAUGUUUCUUUAUGCAGAAAAAAAAAAAAAAAGAAGAAAGCAAAGAGGAAAACAAAAGGGGACUUUUCAUGUGCAGUUUGGACUCCAAACAAGUCCUGGAACUAAAAUUGAAUAAAAGACGCAUUUAUAUCGAAUAUAGAGACCACACCUGAAUUCAUAUGGGAACACUUGGAAUAGUAGUGAUGAUAAUAAUAAUAACCUCAAGAUAUAAAAGAAAACACACACACAUAAAAAAUAUGUAUGUAUAUGUAUGUCUGUACAUAUAUAUAUGUAUGUAUAUGUCAAGGGGUAGGAAAUGCAAUGAAAAAAAAGUGGUAGAUGAGGUUGGUGCUGUGAUGGCCAUUAAGUGUCCUAGGCCCUACCCGGGCCCACUUAACGGUGUACAAGCCAUUGCCAUGGGGGGUUCAUAGACUACUCUUCACCCAUUUUCCAUUGCCAAACAGCCAUCCACUUUUUAAUGUGUACACACCUUGAUUCAACUUUAUUUGCAUAUGGAGGUUUAUGUCUGUCUUUUUUAGAGGUGGUUGGGGAGGUGUUCAGGAGAUGACCAUCCAUGGCAUUGGAAAGCUUGUCAACUGAAUUUUAAAUGUAGUUUGUACAGAAGUCGCACACUUUUUGUCUGCCCUCACAGAUGUGAAAGGUUAACUUUUCUUUUGAAUUAGUUUUUUUGUUGUUUUUGUUUUGUGUUUUUCAAAGGGGGCCAGAAUAAUUAAUAUUUGGUAGAGAUGCUCUGGUUUGAAUCUGCUGCUUUCCUACAAUUUUUUCAAAUUUUAUAAUGUAUUAAAUACAAUAAACUCCUGUUUAAAA